AUGGUCUACACCUACAAGCUCAGAACACCCACCGGCCACCUCUCCCCCCAUCUACAUAUACACGACCCACGACGGCGUCUCCCACCUCCCACAACCUCUCUGCUCCCUCCUCUUCUUGAUUCUCGCCAUUGCCGCCGUGCUCUCGCCAUGGACGGCGCCGACAGCCUGCGGUUCCAGCGGCAGGCCUCCUGCUCCUGCGCGCCCUCCAUGUCGCGCGGCUACGUCCGCGGCGGCUUCGACCUCGACGACGAAGACGACUUCGACACCUUCGACGACAAGGUCGGCGCCGUCCGCGGCGGGAGGGCGCCGCCCGCCGCCGCGUCGUCGCGCGGGUGCGGCACGAAGCUGAGGGGCCUGUGGCGGAAGAUCGUCCGGGAGAAGAAGAGGAUACUGCUCUGCUCCACCGGCUGCGUGCCCGUCGGGGGCUCUUCGGCGGCGGCGGCGCGGGAGCCAUACGACGCGUACAGCUACGCGCAGAACUUCGACGACGGCGCCGCGUGGGUAGAGCCGGACAACCUCUCGCGCUCCUUCUCCGCGCGCUUCGCCGUCCCCUCCAGGGUCCUGCAGCGGGUCGCCGUGUAGACACACACGACCCGACGACGGCGCCGGCCGCCGCGGCCGCGGCUGACCGUCGUUUCCUUUGUUUUCUUUCUCUGUUUCCCUGUUUUCUCGUCCCAGUUUCAGUUUUGGAGUCGUCAACAACUGUGAAAAGGAAUGUUCUUUGCCCAUCUGUAAAUGGUAGCAGCCCCUCAACCUCAAUAUCAUGAUCAGUAAUUCGGUGUC